UUGCAUUUAUUUAUUUAUGGUCUGUGUAAACAUAUAAUAUUCUACGUGGUUAAAUAAGGAGAGAGGAAGUUUACUUUUAUCAAGCAGAGGUAGCUUUUAUUAACCCAGAUAUUAAGUCUGAUGGACAGAGAUGAAUGAAGGAGCGAAAUUGAGAUCUCUUAUUCUAUUUAACAGUCAUAAGUACACGAGUAGAAAAGUCGUAGCUUCCGACAAUCUACGCAGUUAUGAUUGCUCUUCCUGUUCCUAGCAUCCUGCUCAUGUGGAGUUCAUUGGUACGUUUCCACGGUGCUCUGUACUGUAACAUUCAGUGCAAUCGAAUUCAAAUGACCUACAAACUCAUUAUUCGCCUUUUACGCGUGGUGAACCUCUUUUGAAAGUAUGUUCUCCGAUUAAAGGGUCGAUUCUAGUCGACCGACAAAAGUGUUUUGCUGCAGUUGCAUUCGGACUAUCCUGUGUCGGAUGUUUUAACUCUACGGAGUAUACAGCUCGUGGACGAUGACCAUACUUUAUCGUCGAAGUAUACAUUCGUCGAAGGUUAAUUUAAUUAACAUCACGUUGGCAACCAUGGAAGACGUUUACUGGUUGACAUACAAAUUAAUGAAGUUAUUUUUUCAGUAUGCUUUUUCACGGACUUGGCACAUUCGACGAAAUACCAAUCUUUCAAUAAUUUAAAGUCAAUCUAAUCAUUGCAUGUCAUUGUAUCGCUUAGUUUGAACAUUGCGUUGAUCGAAUGAUUUGCAUGGUCGUGAUUUUCUACGAUGCUGAUAAUCACCUAUCAUUUUAUUCUUAUUAUGUGUUCUGGUUCUAUCUUAAGAGUUUCUAUUUUUAUACCGGUAGAGCGACUGAUCUUUCUGCCAUCUGUGAACUAACAAGAAAAUUCUUUAUGUGAGUUGUGCAGCACGACCUCGACUCUGGAUUUGUGUGUUCUAGAAGAAAUGGAGGAUUAUAAUGUUCAGUAUAAAAGACAUUUAUUACAUAAGAACUAAGAAUAUUACUUCCAUUCAAUAAUUGUGCAACAUGCCAUCCAUUUGUGGCGAUACAGUUGACAUGGCUGUGGCUGCACAACCAACUAUUGCAGAAGGUAUUUCUAGUACUGAUAGUAUCGGUACACACAGUGAUAUUUCUGGACAUACCACUAUUUCAGGAAGACCCAGAAUGGAUGUAGCUUGUGUUUUAGACUUACAACAAUCAGAGCAUUUGGCUCAGAGAAGAAGAGCCUUAGAAGAAGUCAGACAAGCAUGCAAUCUAGUUAAUGCUAAUAUGCAUCAUAUUCAGUUUGAAAAGUUGGAUUUUGGCGAAACAAACGUACUUGAUACGUUUUAUAAUGCAGAUGUAGCUGUUGUGGAUUUAAGUAUUCAGCUACAACAGUCUGCUUUGUUUUAUCAUCUUGGUGUCAGAGAAAGUUUUGGCAUGAAAGAAAAUAUUUUGUUGCAUAAUGAUAUAGAUACAGAAACAACAAUCAGGAUUAAGUUGUCAUGUGGUAAUUAUACAUUUGUAUCCUAUCGUGUGGUGGAAUGUGGUUCAUGUGUGGCAACUAAUCCAGCUACUACUAGAAUCACUGGCGAAGAAGUCAUAGAUCCAAAACAACAUCUUACGUUGAAGCUUAAAAAGUUAUUUCAAGAUGUUGAAGUACAAUCUAAAGCACAUAUGAAAGAAAAGUUUCUUGCGGAUUUACGGAAAGCUCGCGAAACAUAUUCGGGAGAAGAACUUUCGAAAGCUUUGAACAAUAUGCGUAAACGCUUAGAUGAUCCAAACGUGUUGUCUGGAGAAGUUGUUCUAAAUGUUCUAAUUUCCUUUCGUGAAAUACAGGAUUACGAUGCAAUGGUACAAUUAGUUGAUGAUUUAAGAACAAUACCGACUCAUAAGAAUUACAUCAAUACUCCAGCCAUUCGAUAUCUAUAUGCAUUUGCAUUAAACCGGCGAAAUAAAGAAGGCGAUAGAGAGACAGCAUUAAAAGUGAUACAGAAAGCAUUGGAGAAGAAAGAAAAUCAUGUUCCUGAUAUGUUAUGUUUGUGUGGAAGAAUAUAUAAAGAUAAAUUUGUAGAAAGUCGACAUACUGAUGAAGAAAGUUUAAAAAAUGCUAUCCAUUGGUACAGAAAAGGUUUCGAGGUACAACCAAAUGAAUAUGCAGGAAUCAAUCUUGCUACGCUGCUUGUUAUAGCAGGAAACGAAUUUUCCAAAAGUGAAGAAUUACAACACAUAGGAAUGGUUUUGAACAAUCUUAUUGGCAAGAAGGGCAGUUUGUCCAGUCUAAAGGAUUAUUGGGAUGUGGCAACGUUUUUUGAGAUCAGUGUGCUUGCUGAGGAUUAUUCGAAAGCCAUUCAAGCUGCUGAGUGCAUGUUCAAACUGAAGCCGCCAAACUGGUACCUGAAAUCAACAAUAGGAAAUAUAUCGCUGAUAGAUAGGUUUCGUAAAAAGAAUGAGGAAGCUGAGAUUUCGCCAGAGGAGCAAAUAUUUACUUUUUGGAUGGACUACUUUGUUGAAGCUACAAAAUCGGAAGUUGGAGAUAAUAUACGGUUUCCACUCUUAGUGUUGGAGCCAACGAAGAUCUUGAUGCCGAGCUACGUAAACGUUAAUCUUGGAGCAGAAGAGAAAUCGGUGCAAAUUUGGAAUCUUUGCUUGGACAAUAUGAAGAAUAGUUGUAAACAAGUUCACGAUUGGUUAUUCACCGCCAACAUGAUACGCAGCGUAAGCUUAUACAAAAGAGAUGAACGUUGCCUUUUCUUAUACGUUCAUCAAAACUCUGAUGACUUCCAAAUGUAUUUUCCGUCAGUUCAAUGCAGACAGAGAUUUUAUGACUUAAUUUUGGAAAUGACCAGAGAUCAGGAGGGUAUGGUCGCAGAUUUGGAUGCAUAUAUGACUGACGAUAGGAUGAAGUUUGAAUAUGAGUUGGAUGACCAAAACAAACGAAUAAUGCUAGGUAAAGGUACGUACGGGAUUGUCUAUGCUGCUCGAGAUUUAAAUACACAAGUUAGAAUUGCCGUCAAAGAAAUUCGAGAACGGAAUUUGGGAGAUGUGCAACCCUUACACGAGGAAAUUAAAUUACACAGUCAAUUGAGACAUAGAAAUAUUGUGCAAUACUUAGGUUCUGUAAGUGAAGAAGGAUACUUCAAAAUUUUUAUGGAGCAAGUCCCUGGAGGUAGUUUAUCAGCCUUAUUAAGGUCAAAAUGGGGUCCUCUAAAAGAAAAUGAAUCCACAAUUGCUUAUUAUACUAAACAAAUCCUAGAAGGUCUCAAGUACCUUCAUGAUCAAAAAAUUGUGCACAGAGAUAUUAAGGGCGAUAAUGUUUUGGUCAAUACAUACAGUGGUGUAGUAAAGAUUUCAGACUUUGGUAUGUCGAAACGAUUAGCUGGUUUAUGUCCAAGUACAGAAACAUUUACUGGGACAUUACAAUAUAUGGCACCGGAAGUUAUCGAUAAAGGGCAGCGUGGAUAUGGGGCUCCUGCAGAUAUUUGGUCCCUGGGUUGUACAAUAGUUGAGAUGGCGACUGGUAAACCACCGUUCAUUGAAUUAGGUUCUCCUCAAGCUGCAGUUUUUAAGGUUGGAUAUUAUAAAAUACAUCCUGAAAUACCAUCAGAAUUAUCUGAAAGAGCAAAGAAUUUUAUAUUGCGCUGUUUCGAACCUAAUCCUGACAUAAGAGCGACUGCAGCGGAAUUAUUAGAAGAUCCAUUUUUAAAUGAAAAAAAGAAAACCAAUCGAUUGGCCGCCGUACCUGAUUUUAGUAGAAGCAUUUCAGUACCUGCUGACAGACUUGAACGCUUAGGAAAAUCUGAUAAAUCGAAUAAUAAUCAUAUUGUUUCUGCUUCUCCUAUUCAAACUUCACAAUCAGAUGAUAGUGUUACAUAUAGUGGAGGGCUGACAAAGUCAAGCCCACUGAGGGAGCGCAGUCCAGCACAUCUUCUGUCUCCCAUUAGAAUGCCUACUGCAACCCUUUCUUUUAACAGUGCAAUAGGAAAUACACCAUCUAUAGAAACAAGUGAAAGUGACACAGCUGGGGCUUCAAUGACUAGAAGAAGUUCCUCUGGCGGUUUAUUGUCACCAGAAGUUGAAUUAGGAGGUCAAUCUGGUCACAAAACUGGCGAAGAACAAGAGGGUUUUUAUCUGCUGAAAAAAGAUAGUCAAAGAAGAAUGACAUUAACUAGAGUUCUUACGCAAGAUGAGGCAAAAAUCUGCGAAGUAUGGAUGCGAGGUAUACAUCAAGCAGAGGGUCAAACUGUUUUGCAAAUGAACCACUUAAUAUUAUUAAUGCGAGCUUUGAGAGAUUAUAUCGCAGAACAAAAUCAAGAAGUAAUCGUGACAGCCAUUAGAACAUUGAAAGAAGAGUUAGACUUUGAUUCCACUGCUAUUAAUCAUCUCAAUUUAGCUAUUUAUCUGUUUCAAACGGCAGUAAACGAGGUUCUACGAAUGCAUAGUAUAAAGCCUCAUUGGAUGUUUGCACUGGAUAAUUUAGUGAGAAAUGCUGUACAAGCUGCCAUCACUGUACUUUCUCCUGAACUUGGAGCUAAUUUACUCGGUCAAGAACGCAUGCAAUCCGGUGGUCAAGGUCCAGAAGAAGGAUCUACAUCCGGUGUAUCGACUGUGAAUUCUGUAAAAUCGCAGAAAACCGGUGACUCUCUGGAUAAUAAAUAUUGGAAAGAAUAUCGAGAUCAAAUGGGGGCUUUAAAAAUGGAGAAUUUGAGAUUAUUACAGGAACUGAUUGAAAAUCAGAAGUCGUAUCAAACUUUAUUGCAACAAAUUCUUGAAGAACAAAGCGCUCAAGUUAAUGCUUUAACACGACUUUGCGAAAAUAUAAAUAGACGGACUACAAGACAAGAAUCAGGAUAUAAUUCAUCAGUAUCUGGAAACACAGUGCAACAGCCAAUCUCAUUGAUUGUUAGCAAUACAUCUACUAGCACAACUUCGUGUAACGACCAGGCUCUUAUUGAAUGGUUACAAAGUCUUCAGAUAGAUGAAAUGUCGAUCGACCGAUUCUUAUACGAGCAGUACACACUGGAUAAUAUUUUAAAUCAUGUUACACGUGAAGACAUUCGCAGACUUAAUCUCCGGUAAAGGAGGAACUGAAUUGAGGAUAUGGCAAGCUAUAUUAAAACAUCGAGAAAGUAAUAAUCAAAUGGAAAAGAAGGGGCAGUAACUAAAUUGUCUACCAUAUUGGAAUUGGUUUGUUUGUGAAUGGUUAAUUUUAUGCAGGGUAAAAUAAUUAUUGAACAUAGCUGCUGUAGUAUAACAAUGGUCAAUGAAAGUAGAGCUACUAAGUAUUUAAAAUCAAAUGAAAUACCUGUGUCGUUUGUUAGAAUUAUUACUUGUAAGUUUACACGGAAAAUUUUAAAUGCACAAAUGAUAUUAUUAGUCCGUAGUUCCUAAAUAUAAAGUAUUUACUAGUUAUAUAUAUGAGACAGAUGUGUACAUAUAAGGAAUUUUGCAUAUAUUGAUUGGUUUCAAGAUAAAGUCAUUGCAGCGAAAUUUUACAACCUCCUGGAAGUAUAUUUAACAAUUAUAUUUUACAGAAAUUAGCUUCGUCGAAUAAUUAUACAUGCUGUGAUUAUGCAAAGUUUGUAUUUGGAAAUUAUCAUUCAACUUGUUGAUAUAGAAUAUCAGUCUUGCCAAGUUUACAGAAAUGAUAUUGCCGUGAAAAUACAAUUGUAUCUAAAGAUUUAAAAAUUCGAAAAUUCAAAAUAAUUUUCAGGUCUCAUAUUUGACAUUACUGCCACAGUAAAAUUAAUAUUACCGGAAAGAAAUAUGUACACGUAAAAGGUUGCCUUAUGCUUUCGUGUUUUGCGAAAUGUCGACUGGUUUUCUCUUCAUUCUGCGUAAUCACCGAAAGAGAAAUUAUUUAUACUCGACAGUUACAAGAGAAACAAACGAUCGUAGUGCCUUAUAAACCAGUGUAGUAAUACAAGAGGAUAUAUUUAUUAUUCCCAAAUGAUGAACGUUUUUAUUGUUGGUAAUUCUAUAUUUCUUAAGCAAAGAUUUUACGUGUCUUCCUAGAUACGCAUGAAAUUUAUUUUAAGCAGAGGUUAUGUACAUAAAGCGCUUCUUAUAGUUUAUAAUAAAUAUUGUCUAUUAAUCGAGGGCCUAAAAUUUACUAGAUUUUUAGAUAUGAAUUUUUAUAUAAUCGCAGAUUUCACGCUUUAUAUGUGACUCUCUUCACUGAAAAAACUUAUGCUUCCUUCAUAUACAUUUUAUAGAAUAGCAAUGAAUCGUGUUUUCUGAUAAUACUUUCAUUUUGACUUCCAUUGCAGUAAUGCGACAGAUAUACCAGUCAAUUGAAAUAAGUGCCUAAUUGCAUCAGGGAUACGCGUGAUGUUUCGCUUCAGUUUUAUCAUAAUUGAAAUCAAAGUAAUUAGGGGAUUAUACUUAUAAAUUAGGGAGAAUUAUAAAAAUCUGUUAGUUUCUAUACUUUAACUUGCACAUAUUACAUGUUACGUAUACUUUUAUUUAAAAUAAUUAUUACCAUUUUAAAAUAAAAUAAACAUCACUCCCUAUACUUGAUACCUGAAAUUUAAUCCCUUAAUUAUUUGGAUGGAUAUUCUUUUACACAAUUGUUGAGCAAUUACAUGUACAACAUUAUUUACCGAUUGUAUUGUCAGCGAAAUCUACGAACCAGUUAUAAAUAACAUAAAGGUACAGACGCGAUAUGUCGUGCUUAAUUGUUAAGACGUUUUCACAUUAUUGUUUUCAUUCACCGUAUAUUCGAUAAGACUAACUAUCCUCGUUAUUCUAGCAAGUUGAAAUUUGUAAUAAAGAUUCUAGCAAGA